GACCUGGACGGCGGCGGCGCGGCGGAGACGGCGGAGCCGGCGGGCACGGAGUGCGCGGGCGGCGGCGGCGCGCCCGCGGCCGCCGCGCUGGUGGAGGUCUUCCACGCGGAGCGCCGCGGCCGGGCGUUCGGUCACCCGCUGCUCCUGCCCAUCCGCGCAGGCGAGCGUGCGGCGGCGGUGGGCGCGCGGCUGCGGGCGUGCCUGGGCGCGCCCGAGGCCGAGGCGCGCGGGUGGCGGCUGCUGGUGUCCGAGGGCCCGCCGAGGCAGGAGGCCGCCAGGAGGAAGCCCUUGGAGGAGACGGACGAGUGGCCGCAGGGCCCGCGGGGGCCUCCCCAGGGCGAGCCCAGCCGCGCCGCCUGGCGGCCCGGUGGCCUGGCCCUGUGCGUGGAGAGGGAGCACCCCGUGCACGGGCCCCGGUCGUCCCAGGGCGCCAACGUGGCGCGGAAGGCCCGGCCGCUGACCAUCCGGGCGCGCUGA